UCUCAAGAACAGCCCAUGGAAGAAUCAUAUGAAGAAGUGGUGAUUAAGGUCAUUCAGCAGGAGUGGACAUGUUUGGAUUUCCAACAGCUACCCUGCUGGACUGUCAUGGAAGAUAUGCUCAGAAUGUAGCAUUUUUCACAUAUUGGUGCAUCUUACAUGACUUCCCUCUCAUUUUACCAGAUGUGAUGACAGAAACCCACCACAAAUAUGAUCACUCUGAGGCCACAGGAUCCUCAAGCUGGGAUUUCCAGAACUCUUUCAGAAGAGAGAAGCGGGAACAAAAAUCCCCAGAUUCUAAGACGCUACAGGAAGAUACACCUGGAGUGAGACAGAGGGUCUAUGAGUGCCAGGAAUGUGGAAAAUCCUUCAGGCAAAAGGGUAGUCUAACAUUACAUGAGAGAAUCCACACUGGGCAAAAGCCCUUUGAGUGUACCCAUUGCGGAAAAAGCUUUAGGGCCAAAGGCAAUCUCGUUACACAUCAGCGGAUACACACAGGAGAGAAGCCUUAUCAGUGCAAGGAGUGUGGGAAAAGCUUCAGUCAGCGAGGUAGUCUGGCGGUUCACGAAAGACUCCACACAGGACAGAAACCCUACGAGUGUGCUAUUUGUCAGAGAAGCUUCAGGAAUCAAAGUAACCUUGCUGUUCAUAGAAGAGUUCACAGUGGCGAGAAGCCUUAUAGAUGUGAUCAGUGUGGAAAAGCCUUCAGUCAGAAAGGAAGCCUAAUUGUUCACAUCAGAGUCCACACGGGCCUGAAACCCUAUGCCUGCACACAAUGCAGGAAGAGUUUCCACACCAGGGGGAAUUGUAUCCUGCAUGGCAAAAUCCACACGGGAGAGACACCCUACCUGUGUGGCCAGUGUGGGAAGAGCUUCACUCAGAGAGGGAGUCUGGCUGUGCACCAGCGAAGCUGCUCACAAAGGCUCACCCUGUAGCCACGCUCUUCAGAGGAAGUUCUUUUUAUGAGUUAAGAGUAUCAAAUCCCCUGAGAUCCAACAGCCUAUCCAGCUUUAUGGAAUGAAAGGAGACUCUUCCAGAAAGACCAUCACUGGGUAGAGCAAACUGACUUUUCUCCCUUCCCCCAAAUGAGUAUGAAAAAUAAAUGUCUUGUUUAUUAUCGUUA